GCUGAACCAUCUGGUGAACACCGUGAGCUUGGGCCACGACUUCAGCUUCGAGGAGGCCGGCGACACCACGGCCUUCCCUCACCUCAUGGACAUCAACUUUUGGGGCAACGUGUACCCGACGCACGCCGCGCUGCCCUACCUCCGGCGGAGCCACGGCCGCGUCGUCGUCAACGCGUCCGUCGAGAGCUGGCUGCCCAUGCCCAGGAUGAGCCUCUACUCUGCGGCGAAGGCAGCGGUGGUGGACUUCUACGAGACGCUCCGGUACGAGGUGAAGGAGGAGGUGGGCGUGACCGUGGCGACGCACGGCUGGGUCAGCGGCGACGCCGGCGGCAGCAAGUUCACGCUGGACCAGCAGCAGCACCACCAGGAAGGCGCGGCGGCGGAUCAGGUGCAGUGGAAGCAGCAGGGAGAGCGCGAGCCGGCGGCGGCGGCGCUGCCGGGAGGGCACGUGGAGGCGUACGCGCGGGCGCUGGUGGCCGGCGCGUGCCGCGGCGACGCCUACGUGAAGCGCCCCAGCUGGUACGACGUCUUCCUCGUCUUCCGCGUCUUCGCGCCCGACGUCCUCGCCUGGACCUUCCGCCUCCUGCUGUCGACGUCCACGCCCGCGCCCGCCGGCCCCAGCGCGAGCGCGAGCGCGAUCGCCGCGCGUCGCCAGCCUCCCGCCGCGCUGCCGGCCCCGCCGCUCCGCCCGCUGCUCGAGUACCCGCCGGCGGCGGUGUCCCGGGGCCCCGCCCACGCCCACGCCCAGCAGGUGGUGCAGAAGCUGGAAUGAGACUGCGCAUGCUACGUGCGGUCGAGACAGAGCUUUCAUCAUCUCUACGUUACUGCUGUGAUGAUGUCCUUGCAUCUGCAUAUAUGCAUGUCGACGACGACGCCAUUGUGCCCAAGUAUAUAUGAACUGGUUUUGGCGGGUGUGUUUGAAUAAAUAAAUUUGAUCAUCUAGUAUCA